AUGAUGCGCAUCACUGCUACCAAGGCCGCGGCCCGCCCCCUCACUCUCGCCUCGAGAGCUUGCUUCAGCACCACUGCUCGCACCAUGAGCGAGGGCGACACUGGAGCUCCCUCCAAGUACGGAGGCGGUGACGCCUUCCAGAAGCGCGAAAAGGCCAACGAGGACUACGCCAUCCGCCAGCGCGAGAAGGAGAAGCUCCUCGAGCUCAAGAAGAAGCUCAGCGAGCAGCAGGCCCACCUCCAGCAGCUGUCUGACCACAUUGACGAGAUCACCAAAAACCAGGGUGGCGAGCACAACUAA